AUGUCGACGACCAACGACAUUCCCGAGCUGCCGGCGCCAAAAGAAAUCACAUGGGACACGUUAGCGGCGCCUGAUUUCGAGGUCGAGUCUUUUCUGAACGAGCAUGCCCAGUUUCAGACGCUGAGCGAGAUGAGACGUAGCAUCAUGAACUGGGAGCUGAAGCUGCACAAGGAGCUGGUGGAUACGGUGAACGAGAACUAUCCCGAGUUCCUGGGGUCUGCUGAAUCGCUGGACGAAACGCUCACUCACCUGGAAGCCGUCAGGCUCGAGGUGCUCAAGUUCCGGUCAGACACAGUGCGCACACAGACGGAUUUAUCGACUGUGGUGCGGGAACUCGAGCAGUCUAUCAGAAGAAAGCGGAAAUUGGCACAAGACGAACUGCAGGUCCGGCAAAUAUUGCGGUACCUGGACACCUUGGAUAUUCUUGACGAGCAGCUGUGUCGGCCCCUCGGCGAGCUGGACGUGGACGACUACGAGGAAUGGAGCAAAAUGUACGUUUCUGCCGUACAAUUACAGAAGCGGCACCUGGAUUCGCGGCUGGUUCAGAAUUCGGCCAAGCGAUUGCAUUCUGUUAGAGACGGACUGCUGGCGGUCUACAGCGACAUUGAGUGUGACGACAAAUUCCGACUGGCUCAGGCGAAAAGUUGGAUUCUGCAUAACUAG